ACCAUGAGUGCGCAAUUGUUUGCCCCUUAUACCGCUGAAACGCAGUUUCCCCUUCGUCAAAUACCCAACCCGUCCUCCUCACUCCUCAGUUACCCAGAGAGAGAGAGAGAGAGAGAGAGAGAUGGCGUCGGCUUUGAGAUCAGCGAUGCUUCGCCACAUCCGAGUGCCUGUUACUGAAACCCUAACCCUAAAUGGGUCGAAAUGGAACCUCUUCAACAACGUACGAUCGAUGUCGUCCCACGACGAUCAUAUCACUAAAGAAGAAGUCAUCCACAGGGUCCUCGACGUCGUCAAGAGCUUCCCCAAAGUCGACCCUUCCAAGGUGGCCCCUGAUGUCCAUUUUCAGAAGGAUUUGGGAUUGGAUAGCUUAGACAAUGUGGAAAUUGUAAUGGCCCUAGAAGAGGAGUUCAAGCUCGAGAUUCCAGACAAAGAAGCUGAUAAGAUUGACUCCUGUACUCUUGCAAUUGAGUAUAUCCAUAACCAUCCAAUGGCUAGUUAAUGUUUGCUAAUUUCUAUAAUUUGGGAUCUAUCAUCUUUCUGUAAGUUUUAAAAUCUUUAAAAACAGGACUGUUCAAGCCCUGUCUCUCUUUGACUUCUUGGGUAUUCGUAGUGACUUUGAACCCUGUAAAGGGAUGGCAAUAAUUGGAGUUCUCUCUGAUCAGAGUUAAGUUUGUAGAACUGCUUUUUGUGGUUGGUUAUGCUUCUGCAUGACAAGAUUUGAUAAGAGAUGUUUCUAUUCACAUGUCA